AUGUCUACAAACAAUUCAAAUACAACUGCAACGACUUCAAAACCUGUAACUGAUCCCGAAGUAGCUCGUACAGCUGCACAAACUGAUCAUAGGCAUCAUCCUAUUCCUAUACCAGACCAUGUAACGAAAACAGGUCAUACACAGGGAACAAAGAAAAAACUCACUGAACUAAUUGAGGCUAAUACUAGUACUCAUACAGAAAAUCAUUCAAAUAAUAAAACAGCAACAUCAUUAUUGGAUCAAGUUGCCAGUCAAUCAACAAAUUAA